AGAUUUAACCAACAACACGAACACAUCAAGUUAACACUCGAGGAAGAGUUCGAAAUGGGUGUCCCCUUUUUGGACACGAGGGUCAUCAGGAACACUGAUGGGGACUUGCGGCUGGACUGGUACAGGAAACCAACCCAUUCAGGAAGGUACUUACAUUACUAUUCUAAUCACCCGCACAGACAAAAAAUUAAUAUGAUUUUGGGCCUAAAGAACCGCAUUCAAAGAAUAUCCCACCAAACAUUCCAUCAAAAGAAUUUGAAAUUACUUUUCAAUUCGAUGUUGAAUAACGGCUACCCUAAGGGCCUACUGACAAGAUUGUUAUAUAACUCCGCUCCCCCAGGACAGCCAAUGAGUGGAGUGGUAUACCGUGUGCCCUGUUCAACUUGCGAAGAGGUCUACAUUGGCCAAACGUCGCAAACUGUAAAGAGACGAAUCACCCAGCACAUAAGCGACAUCAAGAACCCUGACAAAACCUGUGCAUUGGCGGAGCAUGUCCGAAGAAAGGACCACCGAAUGGACUACGGCGCUGUAGAAGUAUUAGAUUUCGAGAACAACACAAGAAAGAGAUGUUUUCUUGAAAUGUUCCACAUCAAAAGCCACAACAACUCCAUGAACUAUAGAAGGGACAUCGAGGGUAUAAGCAAUAUAUACUCGUACCUGAUCAAUUUGAAGGAACCUCAUCGCCCCCCAACCAUGAGUUCUGUGCUUCUUGGUGCUGACGCGGUGACUUGAACCGUUCUCUGUGGCCUAACCUAGUUCCCAAUUUUUUGGUGUUCUGGAAUUUUCCGCGUGUGCUGCCGCUUCAACCCAGACAAACUAUAAUUUAAAGCAGCCUUGUACCCAAUUCUUACUGUUUUAUGUUUGUUACUUGUUGCAUGUGGCCUGUUCACACUCAUGCCGCAUUUUCAGAUUGCUCAUGAUUGUUGCUCUUUGUAUUUCGGUAUGUAUCAUGUGAGUUUUCGCGUGUGCUUAUUCUAAUGUGAAUUUAUUUUAGAGUCCUGAAGAAGACCCUAAUCAGGG